AUGGCGGACAUCCAUGAUCGCGCUAUCAGUUAUGCUGCUCUCAUCCUCGUCGAUGACGGAGUUGACAUUACCUCCGAGAAACUGCAAACUUUGAUAAAGGCAGCGGGUAUUGAAAUCGAGCCAGUUUGGGCUAAUAUGUAUGCCAAAGCUUUUGAAGGAAGAAAUGUUGGCGAUCUGUUGAUGAACGUUGGUGCUGAAAAGGCCAAGGAAGAAGAGAAACCCGCUGAAGAGGAGAAAGAAGAAUCUGAUGAAGAUAUGGGAUUUGGUCUUUUCGAUUAA